AUGCCUCCUAAGAGGGAACACAAGAAGGACGCUGAUUCACUAACUGGUGUCAUUGUUUGCCUAUUUCCGGUUUGCAAUGUGCCCAUCAUUAAUUUUACCUUGGCUUGGAUCGCUCGCACUGAGGUUCAGAAAGUGUUGUUGGUUGUUUCUGAGAAUAAUGUUCAUUCAGUGGAGAACGUGGAAAGGGAAUGGAAACAUUGCUUUGAGUCCAUAUCUGUUGUAUGUUGCAAAAAUGCAAUGAAUGUAGGAGACGCGUUGAGAGAACUCGACACUCGAGGAUUACUAGCAGGGGAUUUUUUGCUGGUUUCAAAUCCAGCCACAAUCACCUCGUCCACAUUGCAAGCUCAAAUAGCUGCUUUUCGAGAACGUCGUGCUGAAAACAAGAACAAUGUGAUGACAUUGAUUUAUUCUGAUUUGAAAGCAGCGAAAAAUGCUGUGGUUGCCGUUGAAAAGUUAACGAAAAAGUUGAAGGCGUACCAUAGACAAGAAGAUCCCACGCAAUUGGAUAUUGAUAAGGCGUUUUUCAUUGGAGAUGCUAUGAUACGUCAAGAUAUCGUCGAUAGUGGCAUCGCGCUAUGCUCACUGAACAUAUCUACGCAGUUCAGCGACAAUUUCGAUUUUCAACAUCGAGACGACGUGAUAAGAGAAAUACUUGUAAAUGAAGAGAUUCUGCUCCAAAAUGUUCACGUGGAAGUGCUCCCCUCCUACGAGGCAGCACUUUGUGUUACAGACUACGAUACCUUGUUAUUAGUAAACACUCUUAUCAUGGAAAGAUGGUUUUACCCUUUAGUGUUGGACAAAAAG